CAACAUCUCACUCAGCCUUUUCAGAAUUGGUGUUAUCCAUUAUCUGAAUACCUCUUAUAACGGUAAAAGUGAUGAAAAUGGUUGAAAAAAGAUUUCGGUUCUAAAAGCGAUUCGAUGAAUAUACUUCUCUUCCUUUUCUUCAUCCAACAUUUACUUAACUAUGAAAAAGAAAAUGACUGAGGAUGAUGAAGAUGAUGAGGAUAAAAAGAGGAAGAUGAUGACGAUGAUGAUAUUGAUAUGGAAUUAGAUUUAAUCAUUCACCAAUGAACCGUGAAAAGAUUAAAGUCCAUUUAUCAUCUUGUAUUUUUUUUAAUAGAUUUAAUCACCUCGUUAAUUUUUUGUUUGUUUUCAUUGUUUAAUCUGAUUUUAAUACAACCGAUUAGAUCAAAUCGAAAAGAAGAAGAAGAAGAAAAAAAUAAUAUUGAAAAACAAAUAAUAAUUAGUAACCAAUGGGUCGAACUCUUCCGGUUCCGGUGGCCUGUGAGGUUUGUGGUGAUAAAUCAUAUGGUAAACAUUAUGGUGUCUAUUGUUGUGACGGUUGUAGUUGUUUCUUUAAGCGAUCCAUCCGCAGGUCAGCCGUUUAUCGGUGCAUUGCAGGAACAUCUAAUUGUAUCAUUGAUAAGGCUCGACGAAACUGGUGCCCUUAUUGCCGUCUACAGAAAUGUUUCAAGUGAAUAUGAACAAAUUUGCCGUUCAAGAGGAACGAGGUCCAAGGAAAAAUAAAAAGGUCAAAAGUGGACUGACCAAAGGAGCUUCUGGAACAUCGUCAUCACCAUUACCGAUAUCAACAAGUUCAUCUAAAGGAUCAAAGUUAUUAACGAAUCAACAAUCAUCAUCAUCAUCAACAGAUCAACAGUCAUCACCUUCUCCAUCAAUUAUAUUAAAUCCUCAUCCUCAUCAUCAUCAUCAUCAUAAUUAUCCUUCAUCUCAUAAUGUUCAAUGUCCAAUAAAACCAUUGACCAAAAGUAUUCUUGACUCGUGUCGAUCAAGUAAAUUGAUCAAACCAAUGGCACUUCCGUUUUCAUGUUUACCUGGUUCCGGUUAUCAUGGUUUCUCUCUCAAUAAUUCAUCAUCAUCUUCAACCUCAUCUCCAUCAACAUCCUUACCUUUAACAUUAACCGAUUUAGGAUUAAACAAACCAUUUAAUUAUCGAUCCAAUUUAGAUUGUUAUCCCUUCAGGUCAACACUAAUCCCGACUACGAUUUCGGGUUCACCUUCACCAGCAACGGCAUCAGUUGCUGCCGCUGCCGCUUGGUCACUAUCAACUAAAUUGUUAGCAGCUAAUUAUCAAAUUGCUUCGUUAAGUUCACUGCUUCAUCAUCAUCAUUAUCAUCAUUCAUCAUCUAAUUAUGAUCAACAGAAUCAGUCUCAACUUGGACGAUAUCCUUUUCUGUCACAUUCAAACUCUGUUUAUCCAGGAUUAUCUAAUUAUCCUUUACCUUCAUCAUCUUCAUCAACUGUUAAUCCAUUGUCAAAUAGACAAUCAUUAGAAACUGGAUUAACAUAUCCUUAUUUUGAUUCCAAUUUAAAUCUCUAACUAAUCAACUUUUAAUCACCUAAAGUUACAAAU